GAAACUAGUGGUUUGGAGAGAAUAGUGAUUGAACUAGAACAAGAUAAAGUUGAUCAUAUGGAUUGGGACAAGAUACAUGUUACUUUUGUUGGUAUCUAUGGUCCGCUUCGUACAAAAAAACAGCUACAAGAAAAAUGGAGAAAUUAUUUAAAAAGUGAUGUCAAACUGGCUGAUGGAGAAAGAUUUGUAUUUAGCGCUCAACAAAUCGAUUAUAUUAAGGCGCAACGGGAUACUUUUGGAAAAAGUUGGGCCGAAAUACGAGACGAUUUAAAUAAGAAUCCAGAUAUGAAAGUAAAAACGACUCCAAAUCGCGUAAAGAAUGCUUACCACAACGCGACUAAGAAACAACUUAGACAUCAAAGACAAAAUGUAUCAGCUUCAGUAAAAUCACCAAAGUCAAAUCCUAAUGUACAUAAUGAAAAUGCUUUGACUGAGCUUAAGAUAUGUUCUGAUAUGGAUACAGAUAUGAAUAUGGAUAGCGAACCGACAAAGUUUGCGAAUAAUAAAAUUCCGAUAUCUUCACUUUUAAAUGAGGCAGAAAAUGACAAAAAACUUUAA